GCAGGUUUCAAACCCGUUAAGGCUCUUCGGAUUUGGAUCCCAAUUCGCAAGAUCCGCAAUUUCGCUGCCCUAGAUCCACCGGGUUUCGUCUUCGGAGCCGGCGCAACGCUGUGUGGUUGAUGUGGAUUCGGGUCUCGUGAAGCAGCGGCACAGCAUCCGCAGCCGCCUUCUCCGCCGCGGCCGCGUAAUCCCGGCGAGACGCGCCGCCGGUUACGUCCUUGUACUCCGGAGCGGGGUUUUUGAAGGCAAAGGGUUUUUGCGGCACUGGAAUGAAAUUGAGAGGAAAAAGGACGAUUUUUGGCCGCUUCGUACACUGCAUUGUUUUUUCCUGGGCAAACUCAGACUAAAUUGAAGUGGUCUGCAUGUUUGGUCGCGUGUUCUCUGAGAUAACUGGGGUUUGCUUCGGUGCCAUUCAAUGAUUAUAUGCAUGCCUGAGAGCAUGGAGAUGGAUGGAAAGGAUAGGAAUGUAGAGGCUUCACAUAAAUCUCACAAUCCCAGAUCGAGAAAGCUGAGGUCACUUGUUUGGAAUGACUUCACGAAGGAACAAAGGGCAGAUGGGACUUACAUAGCCAUAUGUAAUCAUUGCAAGAAACAUUUGACAGCAAGUAGUCGUAGUGGAACUACUCACUUAAAAAAUCAUUUGGGUGUAUGUAUGUCCAGCAAGAGAACCAAGAGGAAAAAAUUGGUUGUUAGAAGACUAGCACUGAAAUCCGCUGAGGCAAAGAAUGAUGGAAAAACUGGUGGUGCUGACUGCUUCCAAUUUGACCAAGAACUAAGUGAACAGGAUCUUGCUCGUAUGAUAGUUCUGCAUGGUUACCCUUUCGGUAUUAUUCAGCACACUGGUUUCAAAACUUUCUUGAGGAACCUUCAACCCCAGUUCAAGUUGGUAUCUUUUGAAACACUCAAAGCUGAUUGUUUGAGGAUAUAUGAAAGUGCAAGACUUAAAUUACAAGAAGUACUUGGAAAACUCACUUGUCGAGUUAGCCUCUCUGUUGACAUGUGGAAGUCGAAUGUAGAUAUGGAAUACAUGUGCUUGACAUGUCAUUAUAUUGAUAAUGAUUGGAGGUUCCAGAAGAAAAUUCUGGCCUUUUUGCCUGUUGAAUCUCUGUCUACUGGUGAAGAAAUAAGUAAAGCUAUUGUUCAGAGUAUGUGUGAUUGGAAUAUAGAUCGGAAAGUGUCCAGUUUACUCUUGGACAACUGCAGCUUUGAUGAUGUGGUGGCUAAUGAACUUCUUAAAUUUCUCCGACCAAAGGGUUCACUCCACUUAAAUGGUGAUAUGCUUCAUGUUCACAGCUGUGCACAUGUUUUGAGUCUUAUUGUUCAAGAUGGUUUGGAGCUAAUAAGUGAAUUAAUUAAUAAAGUGCGUGAUUGCAUUCAAUAUGUUAAAUCUUCGCAAGCUAGAUUAGCAAAGUUUCAGGAUGCAGUAAAGCAGGUUGGUGCCCCCAAGAAGCCAAUAAUUAUUGAUAUACCCUCUAGCUGGACCUCAACCUAUGUGAUGCUUGAAACAGCAUGCGAAUUUCAAAGUGCUUUCACUUGGUUAGCUAGCAAUGAUGACGAGUACCUGCCUUUGUCUCCUAAGGAUUGGGGUGAUGUUAAAGCUGUUACUGAAUGUUUAGAUGUAUUUUAUCAAUCAAUAUUAAAGUUCUCAACCAUAAGAAUUCCCACUGCGAAUCUUUAUUUUAAUGAUAUAUGUGGUAUCCAUUUGCUAUUGAAAACAUCAUGCUUGAGCCAAUAUCCAAUUAUCAUAUCAAUGGCUAAAGGAAUGCUUGGCAAGUUUCAAGAGCGAUGGGGCACAACAAGAAUGGUAAUGGCAAUUGCUUCCAUCUUAGAUCCUCGGUACAAGAUGAAGUCUGUUGAGUAUUUCUUCCAAAAAAUUUAUGGAGAUACAUUUGAUGCCAAGGAUAAGAUCGAAAAUAUUCGCAAGACUUUGGUAACCCUUUAUAAUGAAUAUGCUCUCCAGUCAACUCAUGCUUCAAGUAAUCAAACUUUUCUCUGCUAUGCUGGGGAUAACAGCAGUUGUGCAAGCAACGAGUGCAAUGCUGGUGCGGAAUCCAAAAAUUCUACUCGUAUCACAUUGUCUGAUGCACGAAGAGGACUUGAUCAAUAUCUCCAAGAGGUAUCGUCGAGCCAAUCAAUGAAAUCAGAUCUAGAUAUGUAUUUGGAUGAAGCUGUUCAUCCUUCAAAAGAAGGUCCUGAUGAAAGCUUUAAUAUCUUAGCCUGGUGGAAGUUUAAUGCAGCAAAAUAUCCAGUCCUUUCGAUGAUGGCUCAUGAUAUUCUGGGAAUUCCUGUAAAUAUUCCAUUAGAUAAUGAUGGUCGAGUGCUUAAUCAGUAUUUGAGUUCGACAGAGCCGGCUACGGUACAAGCCUUGGUAUGUGCUCAAGAUUGGUUAAAAGUUGACAUUGAAGCUGGGAACUUGGAUGGUGAUGUUUGUAUGCCCCUCGUACCUGUGAAUGGAGACGAAUUCUCUCCUUUAUCCAAAUAGCUUCGUGCAGGUAGCAAAUUAGCAUGCUAAUGACCAUAAAUUGUUAAUGGUGGCUGAGUAUAUAGAUGUUGGUGCUUCUUUUCUGCGGUUCUAUGCUAUUUUCAUGACAAUGUGACCCCGAACAGCAAGGUUUCGCAUCUUAGCUUGUGAAAACUAUAUCAUCUUUUGAUAAUAGUUUUCUUGACCAUCAAUCUAGAUUUUUUUUUUCUUUUAUUGAACAGCAAUUGCUGCAUAUCUGUAAAUCAGUGGGUUUUCUUUCAUUUCUAAAAUUGAUGAUUAAAUGACUUUUCUUUCUUCGUUCUUCUUUCUUCUUUUGUCUUAAUUACUAAAUUAGUUUCCUGCCCCUUGCAUGGAAGAAUGCUUGUAUUCGGUGUAAAGGGGGUUCAAUUUGUAGUAGGCUUUGUGUAGAACUUAUUGAGAUAUGCAGAAGGUGCGGUUUGCCACUAUACUUCAAGCCGGUUAAUAAUGAAGUACAGUUAAUUUUUUAAUCCUCUGGAACUGCUUCAGCAGCACAUUUCAUCCUUAGAAUCAGUCUUGAAGGUUCCUUCCCAUAGAGCCAUGUAAUUUUACGAGAAUAGAGGAAGUUAUUGCUAAGCUUAAGGUUUUUUGCUCUCCUGCCAGAUAAAAUAUAUUCCUAAUAGAAUUUGAAGUAUGUUUACCCUGUGGGGUCUUAGAUCUUUUGGCUGAUUUUAAGAUGGCCUUUCCCAUUCCAACUGUUACUGAUAAUUUCAGUGAUCUCGACAUUAUUUUUAGAUACAUUAUGAAUCUUAUCUUCUUUGUUUUUUUUUAAAUAAUUUUUUUAAAAUUUUUUUAAAUUUUUAUUUUUAAUUUUUGGUUUGAGGUUUAAAAUGCUUCCCCAUAUACGUAUUGAUCUUUUGUUUAUUCCAUUGUGAGUCAGCAUGAUCAUUCUUUUCAUGGUCAUAUCAGGCAUAAUAUGCCUUUGAAUGUACUUUAGUUCAUAAGCUAUGUUUGUUUAAAUCACCACAUAGUUUUCCUUGGGUUGCAAUUCAUUAUAUUGUCCUGGUGUGGGGUGGACUAUCUAGGGCAUGAUAACGCCAAUUGGGAAAUUUUAAGGCCGGUUCUUUCAAAUCUAGGGUUUUAGUGCCAUCAAACAACUUUUUAUUACAAAUAAAUGCAUAUUGUAGUUGCAUCUAAAGAUGCUUAUGUUAAUUUAUUUUUCUCUAUUCUAAAGACUAUCAUGCCUCUCUGUUUGCAUUUAUUUAGGUUUUUGGCAUAUGCAGUUCUUUCUUUUUAAUUUUCUCAC